AUGAUUACAUUACUUUUCUUUGUGAGUACUAUAUGCGUAGUACGUGGACAAUUAGUUCCAGUAAUAUAUGCAGCGCCAAGUGCAGUGUCUCAUCAAUCAAGAAUUGACAUCAGACAUAGCCCAUACAUAUCUGGACCAUUGUUAUACAACCCUCCAAAAUUUCUUUAUGAAAAACAUUCAGCAGAUGAAAAAACUCGGGACUCUAUUAUAAAAUCAAUGUUUACAGCAGAUACUAUACUAACACCCGUAGCGUUGACCUUUUUUCACAAUCUGCCGUUGUCAAGAGCCCUAGAACAUCCAAUAUCGUUAGAUAAAGUACAAGAACAGAAUGAAAGGAAUUAUAAUUUCCUAACAGAAAACCGAGAUGCGGUAAAAGUGAGUGACAAAGAAGUUUAUGGGAAAUUGAAGGUGCUCACCAAACCGGUUAAUGAAGAAACGAAAAUUGUACAAAAAUCUGAAAAACAGAAUUACAUUGUUAUCGAGGAUAAUAACGGCGAUGAGGUGAACACCGAUGUGCCGAUUAUCGACCGUAUGGAAGGAUAUACCAUAGAAAAGUUUAAGUAA